GAAGAAUUUACCUUAAUGUGGAAGCACUCAAAGCAAAGAAAACGACGCGAGAUGAGCGACGCAUGCGAACGGGAGCAGCGCAGCGAAAAGUGCGCCUCGCCGAAAACUGCAUCAGCCACGGCGUCGAUGACGUUGGCGUCAACAGCCUUGGAAUCACAGUCUCACAACACAGUAGGACAGCAACAGCAGCAGCAGCAGCAGCAGCAACAGCAGCAACAGCAACAACAGCAGCUGCAGCAGCAACAAGACCUAUCUAUGGCCAGUGGCAGUACACCGUCAUCAACAGCAGCAGCAGCAGCUGCUGCUGGACGAAAACAACCGCAAGUGCGUUCCAGUGAGAGCGACAUGCGAGAGCUGCGCGAGAUUAAGCAGUUGCUGUGGGGCGACAGUGUGCGCGAAGAUGUAUUCAAGCGUUGGUCUCAAGGCUUUGAGUUUAGUGAUGUGGAGCCCUCGGCUUUGGUGCAAAAACAGGGCGGUCCUUGUGCUGUGAUAGCGCCCGUACAGGCGUACUUGCUUAAGAUAGUUAUCAUGGACAUGCCAGGUUUUCAAUUAAAACAGCUGACCAGUGAAAAAUGCCAGACUCUGCUCAUUCAGGCACUAUGCAACAUAUUGAAGAAUUGUCGAGCGCCGCGCUAUAAAAUUGUCACACUGCAUCGGCGUGCAACCAAAGAGCGUCGCCUGACGCCGCCAACUGAUUCGAGUGAAAAUGCUGUGGAAGCGGAGGAGUCAACUGGUAUUGAUGCCGCCGAUGCGACUGCAGCUGCAGGUGCCACUGCUCUUGCAGCCAAAAACGAUGCAACAGCUAUUGUCGCACGUUUCAAUUUGGAAUUGACACCGGACCAAUUUCAUGAGCGCCUCCACACGCUUCACUUUGAUCACAUUGGCGAGGUGGCUCGCUACUAUGUGGACAACUAUAGUCAGCUAUCGAAUACGUACGGCGUGCUGUUGUUUAUGUAUUCGGUAUUCCUAACCAAGGGCACGGAGCAGGUGACAUCUGAUAUAUCGGACACAUCGGAGCCGCUGAUACACAGCACAUAUGGCUAUGGUGCACAGUCGUUGAUUAACCUAAUGCUAACUGGGCGCGCUGUGGCUCAUGUCUGGGACAAUGAGCAGGAUGUGGGAGGCCUAAAGCUGCGUGGCAUUUGUGAGCAGAGCGAUGUUGGAUUUAUAACACUAAUGGAACAGAUGCGCUACUGCACAGUGGGCUCGUUUUUCAAGAAUCCACGCUACCCAGUUUGGGUAAUGGGCUCGGAUACGCAUUUAACUGUUUUGUUUAGCAACGAAAAGAGGCUGGUCUCUCCAGAGACACCAUCGGAGACAGGACGUCGUAUCUUCAAGUCAUACGAUCCGGAGGGCAAUAAUUUCAUAUCGAGCACCUUGCUGCGUGAUGUGCUAGCCGCAUUGAAUCUGGUCAGCGAGCCGGGAUAUGUAAGUCUCAUGCAAAAGCGUUUGGACCCUGAGAAUCUCGGUAUUAUUCUCUUGAAUGCAUUCAUGGAUGAAUUUUUCCCACUGGAGCGCCGCUCAACUCCCGACACUUUCGAGCUUAUGCAUUACAAUGGCAUACCCGGCUCCAACGAAAACAACAAGGUGCGCUAUUACUGUGGCUCGGCAAUAUUGCUAGAGGGCGAUCUCAAGUCGAUUUGCACCUCAAAUCCGAUGGUCACAUGUCUGCAGACCAAAUGGCCCAAUAUUGAAAUAAAUUGGCACGGUGGACAUUUGCCCUCAUUAAAUUGACGUCCUAAUUAAAUAAAUAAAAAAAAAAAAAAAAAAAAAAAAAAAAAAA